GGCGCCUUCAGUUUCAGAGUCGGUGCGGAACAUUUUACCGCGGGGAGAUAUCUAUAUAUAGAUAUUUACACAAAUAUCUAACAACUUUGGAUGAAGAGAGCGCUUAGAGGAAUAUAUUUAAAAAGGAAUGAAUUAAUUAAUAGCGUGAGUCAGGAGAAGAAAUUCACCUGAGCGCGCGCCACACUGACACAGCGCUCGCGAGAGGGUCGUCAAGUGUGUGCGCGAGCGGUCAAAAAGAAAGAUGCUGAGGAGAUGCUAAGCUAAACGGAUUUAACGGAAAAAAAAUAGCUGCAAAAGCUAACAAUUUAGGGACAAUUAAGCAAUAUAUGCUAUUUAAGAGAUUAUUUAUUCAGUUUCUUACGGUUUACCUAACAAAAGAGUCGUGUGAACAAAGUAACUCAGGUCGUUUUUUUAAAUAUACCAUUUAUUAUUUUUUAUUUCCCUGGAUACGGGAUUCUCCUGAACAACAUGAUGAAUAGCGACAAGACAAACUAAACAUUUCUGUUUAAAGGAAAUAAAGGAGUCUCUGCAAAUAUGAGCUGCUUCUGUUCCACCCAAGAGGAAUUCUACUGCGAGGUGUUGCUCCUGGAUGAGACCAAGCUCAUCUUAACCACCCAGCACCAGGGCAUUAAGAAAUCUACCAAGGGCUCUGUAGUGGAGGAUUAUGUCUUCAGCCACGUCAACCUUUUAGAAAGCGACUACUUCGGCCUGCGCUACUGCGACCGCAACCAUCAGACAUAUUGGCUAGAUCCGAUAAAAACCCUGGCAGAACAUAAAGAUCUCAUAGCAACCGGCCCACCAUACACACUGUAUUUCAGCGUUAAAUUUUAUGCUGAGGACCCUAGUAAACUGAAGGAGGAAAUAACAAGGUACCAGUUCUUCCUUCAGAUAAAGCAGGAUGUGCUGCAAGGAAGACUUCCGUGCCCCUUCAAUGUCAGUGCGCAGAUGGCAGCUCUAGUGAUCCAGUCUGAGCUGGGAGAUUAUGACCCGUACAAGCACAUGCCAGGUUACGUGUCGGAGUACCGCUUUGUCCCAGACCAGAAAGAAGACUUGGAGGAUGCUGUCGAGCAGAUUCACAAAACACUCAUGGGUCAAACGCCUUCCGAAGCCGAGAUGAAUUAUUUAAGCAUGGCCAAAACACUGGAGAUGUAUGGGGUGGACCUUCAUCCUGUGUUUGGGGAGAAGCAGUCUGAAUAUUUCCUGGGCUUGACACCUGUUGGUGUUGUAGUUUACAAAAAUAAAAGCCAAGUCGGGAAGUAUUUCUGGCCAAGAAUUACCAAAGUAUUUUUCAAAGAAACACAGUUUGAGCUGCGCGUUCUGGGGAAAGAUUGCAACGAGACAUCAUUCUUCUUCGAAGCUCCCAGCAAGCCAUCGUGUAAAAACCUUUGGAAGUGUUGUGUGGAACACCACACCUUCUUCAGAAUGCCUGAAAAUGAAGUCAACACACUGUCAAGCAAGCUGUCCAAAUUCAGCUCUCUCGGCUCCAAACAUCGUUACAGUGGGAAAACAGCCAUGCAGAUGGGAAAAGACCAGCUCGUCGGUUUGCCCAGGCCAAAUUUGGAGGUGGUGCGCACACGCAGUAAGACUUAUCCGAAGAGGAGCAGUCAGCCUACAAGCUUGAACAAUGGGAGCCGAUCAGUCACAAAGGCAGGAAAUUCCCUGGGUGAAGGCCAGGCUAAAGCCAGCACACUCCCACCGGCCAAGAGCCCGAAAGUGUCCAAGACAGAGAACAUUCCAGAGGAAGAGUCCGGCAAGCACACGGCUGUCUGGGACGAGAACGCACCACAGAGCGGGCUGUACAACUCGGCCAGUGAGAAAAAUAAAUCCCCCAAAUUCCCGAACACACGCAGACGUUCGCCCUCAGGAGGCAGCGAGAACGAGGUUAUGAACUCCUCAAGGCACAGGAAAGUCCAGAGCAGUGAGGAUCCAACCAGCAAGCAGCACCGGAGAAGGUCACGUUCCCGUGGCAACACAAGUAGCGGCAGUGAGUCAGAGAAUUCCAACAGGGAGCAUCGUAAAAAGAGAAACCGGUCCCGUCAGGAAAACGAGAUGGUAGAUUCCGCACCGCAGUGGGAAGCUGUGCUCCGCAGGCAAAAGGAGAAAAGCCCCAACGAUCCCAACCAUCGCCGCUCACGCCACCGCUCUAGAUCGAGAAGUCCAGAUGUUCAUGCUAAAGAGCAGCUGUGGAAACAUAUACAAAAGGAGCUGGUGGAUCCAUCCGGUCUGACUGAGGAACAGCUGAAGGAGAUUCCAUAUAAGAAAGUAGAAACUCAAGGUGACCCGAUCCGUAUCCGGCACUCUCACUCUCCCCGUAGCUACAGACAGUACCGGCGCUCACACUGCUCUGAUGGAGAAAGAUCUGUCCUCUCAGAGGUCAACUCUCGGACUGAUCUGGUGCCUCCACUUCCUGUUACACGCACUGUAGACAUGACAGGAUCCAGCACUGCCACAGCACAGAAGAAGAAUGGAUCCAAAGACAAUCUGUCGGAGAGCUCCGGGCAGGAGACAAAAAGCAGCAUCAAGGUGGCAAGAACCUCGCAUGGCUCUCGGACAAAAACCGAAACGUGACCGCUUUUGUGAUUUUUCAGCAUGAAAGGUUAGGAGAGGUAAAGGACAAUAUAUACUGAGACCUGGAAGUAUUCAACACUACUAAAUGGAAAUUUCAGACAGACCCGGAGUUGAGCUGGCUGCAUCCAAGCCAUUAGCUUGUCUGAUAAAUAAGUUAGUGUUAAUUCUAAAAAAAAAUUUAAAAAAAAAAGCAUUUUGUACUUUUAUUAUCUGAAUGAACAUGAUCAUUAUAAGCACAUAAGUCUUUUACAAACCACUCGAUCUAUUCUGACAAUCAAGUGAAGGAUAAUGAAUCAUUUUUACAGCGAACACUGCACAGGUUUUAAGGUGUUACACUGAACACUGAUUUUAACAUUUAAAACAGUAUUAAAUAUUCUUGACCCAGUAAUCGUAUAUGUGGACUUUAUCAUGAGAAAAACGUAUUGUAUUUGUGUUUUCCAAUGAUAGACUAUGAUAGAUAGAAAAUUGUUGCUGCUGUAACUCUUUGUAUUGUCUUUAUCUGCUGUUAGGAAACACACAGUACAUGGUUAACUGUAGCUGAGCUGGAGACUCAAUAAAUUGAA